AUGAGAAAUCCUGUGAUGACUGUCAACCCACCUUUGAUAGGGUCGGGACCACAGAGAAUCCAAUCUGUUCCCCCACAAUUUGAAGCUCGGUUUAUGGACAGAGAUUCGUUGCCUUCUGUUGACAUGAUGGCUCCACCUGACCCCAGACAAAUCCACAUCCCUUCCCGCUUGGGAGCAUCAGUUCCACCUCAUGUGAAUAUGCCCCACAUUCUGUCUAACACCGUCUACCCAGGAUACAGCUUUCUGCAGCCUGAAUCCGUGGAAGCAGUGGCCAGAAGGCAAGAGUUGGUGCAGAAACAGAAUCUAGUCAGGAGUUCCAAAAACCAAGAAGAAGACAGAAAUUCAGAUCAGACUCUCACAAUUUCAGCUGCAGAAAAAGAGGAUAAGAAAGACCUUGACAUUGAACCACACCCUAAAUAUGAGCCAAGCCAAAGUGAUGGGGAGCCCACCAUUAUGCCCACCAAGAGUUUCAAGGAACACAAGCACAGCCCCCCAAAACCCUGUGAAGAACAUGAUUGGUCCAUUGAAACAAACAACAGCGGUGGAACAAGUGACCUAUUUUUAAAUGGGGAAGAUCUUUCUUCUGUUGAAGAUAUUCGGAAAUGGGCUGUGGAUGAUGUGUAUGACUUCAUUACUGGGCUCCCAGGUUGUUCAGACUAUGCGCAGAUAUUUAGAGACCAUGCAAUUGAUGGUGAAACCUUGCCUUUGCUCACAGAGGAGCAUCUUUUGGAUACUAUGGGCUUAAAACUUGGACCAGCCCUUAAAAUUCGUUCUCAGGUGUCUGGCAUCUUGUGGCAGCACUUGGUACUGUCUCUAUGUGGCAAGGGGUCAGUGUUUGAGUAA